AUGGAUGGCAGGGGCAUGAUACAACAAGGCAUGGAGCGCAGAGAGAUGGAAGAGAAGGACAUGGAGCCCACUAGAGGCAGGGAGCCCAGACGCAUGGAAUAUCAAAGCAUGGAGCGCAGAGAGAGGGACGUGGCGCCCACUAGAGGCAGGGGAGAGAUGGGAGAGAGGGACGUGGCGCCCACUAGAGGCAGGGAGCCCAGACGCAUGGAAUAUCAAGGCAUGGAGCGCAGAGAGAGGGACGUGGCGCCCACUAGAGGCAGGGGAGAGAUGGGAGAGAGGGACGUGGCGCCCACUAGAGGCAGGGAGCCCAGACGCAUGGAAAAUCAAGCCAUGGAGCGCAGAGAGAGGGACGUGGCGCCCACUAGAGGCAGGGGAGAGAUGGGAGAGAGGGACGUGGCGCCCACUAGAGGCAGGGAGCCCAGACGCAUGGAAUAUCAAGGCAUGAAGCUCAGAAAGAGGGACGUGGCGCCCACUAGCGGCAGGGCAGAGAUGGGAGAGAGGGACAUGGUGCCCACUAGAGGCAGGGAGCCCAAACGCAUGGAAAAUCAAGGCAUGGAGCGCAGAGAGAGGGACGUGGCGCCCACUAGAGGCAGGGGAGAGAUGGGAGAGAGGGACGUGGCGCCCACUAGAGGCAGGGAGCCCAGACGCAUGGAAUAUCAAGGCAUGGAGCUCAGAAAGAGGGACGUGGCGCCCACUAGCGGCAGGGGAGAGAUGGGAGAGAGGGACAUGGUGCCCACUAGAGGCAGGGAGCCCAAACGCAUGGAAAAUCAAGGCAUGGAGCGCAGAGAGAGGGACGUGGCGCCCACUAGAGGCAAGGGAGAGAUGGGAGAGAGGGACGUGGCGCCCACUAGAGGCAGGGAGCCCAGACGCAUGGAAAAUCAAGGCAUGGAGCGCAGAGAGAGGGACGUGGCGCCCACUAGAGGCAGGGGAGAGAUGGGAGAGAGGGACGUGGCGCCCACUAGAAGCAGGGAGCCCAGACGCAUGGAAAAUCAAGGCAUGGAGCGCAGAGAGAGGGACGUGGCGCCCACUAGAGGCAGGGGAGAGAUGGGAGAGAGGGACGUGGCGCCCACUAGAGGCAGGGAGCCCAGACGCAUGGAAUAUCAAGGCAUGGAGCUCAGAAAGAGGGACGUGGCGCCCACUAGCGGCAGGGGAGAGAUGGGAGAGAGGGACGUGGCGCCCACUAGAGGCAGGGAGCCCAAACGCAUGAAAGUCAUGGAGUGCAGAGUGAGGGACAGGGCGCCCACUAGAGGCAGGGGAGAGAUGGGAGAGAGGGACAUGGUGCCCACUAGAGGCAGGGGAGAGAUGGGAGAGAGGGACAUUGUCCCCACUAGCGGCAUGAGGCCCAGAGGAAUGGAAUAUCAAGGGAUGGAGCCCAGAGGGAUGGAAUACGUGGUCAAGGUGCUCCCUAGAGGCAUGAACUAUCAAGGCACACAGCCUCAUGGAAUAGAUCCCAGAGCCAUGAAUUAUCAAGGCAUGGAGCCCAGAUGGAAGGAAUACAUGGUCAAGGUGCUCCCUAUAGUCAUCGUGCCACCCAGAGCCAUGAAUUAUCAAGGCAUGGAGGCCAGAAGGAUGGAAUUCUUAGUCAUGGUGCUCCCUAGAGUCAUGGAGCCACCUAGAGUCAUGAAUUAUCAAGGCACACAGCCUCAUGGAAUAGCUCCCAGAGCCAUAGAGCCUCCCCAGGGCAUGGAACCCAAAGGCUUGGAGCCAACGACUGGAGAAAUUCAAGGUCCUGGACCUUUGAGCAAGGCAGCAACUGAUCUGCAGGAACCUCAACAGGUAUGUGGAGUAACCAUGUGCUGUUUCAUUUUCCCCAAUGGGUUCCUAGACACAUUCUUGGUGCCAGAACAUGAACAGCCUCAUAGGGUCAUGGCCAGACGAUUGGUAUAUUGAUUUAUUUCCCAAUGGAGAUGGGAGUGGGUAGGUGCAAUUUUCAUCAUUACCCCCAUCCUUUUUUGUUCCUGAGCAGCGGGGGGGGGGGGGGGGCGACAGUGGUUGACCUAUCACUUAGAUAUGACUCUAGGAUGGGGAACUUGCAUCCCUCCAGGUGUUGCUGGACUCCAGCUUUCAUCAGCCCCAGCCAGUUUGGCCAGUGAUUACUGGGGGGGGGGUGUCCGUGUCACAGGUGCCCAACUUCUGCCCUGAAAGAAAAGGCAAACACUCUGGCAGGCCCUGCACCUUCAAAGCAGAAAACUGCUCGCAGUGCAAAGGCUGAAACCCAGCAAUGAGAGAGAUCAUUAGAGAGAGCUAAGUUCCUAGCUUUGGAAAUUGUAUCAGGGAUUUCAGGCCAGCUGUCAUGCACCCUUCUGCCUCUGUUGCCCGGUACUCUGCUGAACUUUCCCCAGCUGUCAACAUACCUCUCCUUUACGUGAUGUUGGCAGGAAAAUCCAUGGAUUGGACAAAGGAGCAGGAGUGGCACUUUAUUUCUUUUGAAGUGGUAGUCAGAAGUUAAAUUGCCUCCAGUGAUGGGACAGUGGACCAUGUCCCUGUGUGCUUUUCUAAUCAAAUAACUGCCCUUUAUUUUCCCCAUGCGUGUCCCCCAGCUCUUAGUGUCCAGAGGUAGUGCAGCUAGUAGUGUCUGGAGCUGUUUUCAGACACCAUGUGAAUGUUGUCCAUGUGAACCACAUGAUUGAGGAGGGGUCAGCAAACUUUCUGAAAUCUUCCUUUGUGUUUACAGGUGGUCAGCAUGCCUACAGCAGCAGCAGAACAAGAUGUAGGCAUGCCAGGAGCAAGCAAGCAAGCAGACAGCCAACCUGAGGGCUUCAGUCCUGGCCAAGAUGAAGAAGAAGACCUGGAUAAAGAUGACGUAAGCCAAACAAUGUUGCCUUCUUUGAGCUCUCUAUUAAAGAGGCAAGCAGCAACAGUCUGCAGGAUGGGGUGGCAGCGCUUACCUGACCCAUCACAGGUGAGGUCAGAACAGUGCAAAAUGCACUGGUGGGGCCAAUCCUGUGGUCCCACCAGUCCCCCACCUCAUGGCCCCCUCCCUUCCUGUACUCCACAGUGGCACCAGUGACAGAAGGUCAGCUAAAUGCUGCUGGCCAGUGCUGGGGGGCAAUAUCACUGGCAGUGGCAUCAAGGUCUUUUCAGCAGCUACCCCAAAGCUCUGGAAUGAGUGUGGUAGAACACAUCCCUCUAAUAUGUUGAUGUAAUGUGCUUUGCAGAUCUUUUCAAACUAGCUUUUAGAGUGUAAUAUGCUGUCCUAAUAUUGGGGGGGUUGCUAUAUAACUUGUGUAUAAUAAACUAUGAUUUCUGAAAUAAGAAAAGAAAUAUGAGCAGCAAGAAUUUCACCACUGAUUCCAAUUAGAGUGCAGGUGAUUUGGGGUCAGAUCAAAGGUCUAUUUAGUCCAGUGUUCUGUUCUCACAGUGGCCAGCCAGGUGCCUUUAGAAACUCCACAAGAAGGAAAAGAAAGGUGUAGCACUCUCCCACUCACAAUCCGGCAACUGGUACACAGAGGUAGGCUUCCUCUCAUCCUGGAGGCAAUAUAACCCUUCUUGCUUAGCUUACCCACUUCUUAACAUGGGACUGAAAUGGCCCGCUUGAGUCUCCUAGUGGUGUAGCAACUGCUAGCACGUUUGCAAAGGUAAGCAGGGUAAGUCUGGUUUCAAAUGGGAUGAGGGGCUGUGUGUUGAGAUUUCGACUAGAUGACCCUUGGGAUCCUUCCCAGCUCUACAAUUCUGUGAAUCUGUGAAUCUCCAGUUCAGAUGCAAUAGUCAGCAUGGUUAUUAAUGCUAUGGUUAUGUGGGGGACAGAGGGAGAGAAUAAGUUACCACGGUUUAAUAACCACUCUGAAAAAUCCCAAAGAGAUUACCGUCUUUUCUACUGAAAAAACAUAUUGGUCUGAAAGCAUCCUUAUCAGUUUCUUUCAUCUCUCCAUAGGCCGAAUGCAUUGACGAAUUCCUCAAUAUGACGGACGAAGAGUUGGCUAAUUUUCAUUCAGAGGAAUGGCUGAGCAUUUUCGAAAUGAAAGACGAUACACCGAAUGGCUCCGACGUCGCCAUGGGGUAAGAGGGGAGCUGGGCACUACAAAACAUCCUAAGACCGUGCCAAGCCCAGCUUGGAUGGCACUUGCUUCACAGUCUCACCCAGUCGAUCAUCUCAUUAGCAAAGGCUGUGCUAGUUAAUGUACUCCCAUUGCCUUCUUUUUCCAAUGAACAAUCAGUUAUACUAAAGGGCAGAAUCCAGCACUUAUUUCUCCUGUUCAAACCCCCUUGAAAUGAAGGCAGGUGUACAAACACCCCCAUGCCCUCAUCUUCAGCUGACCAUUUCAGGGUCUUGGAACAUUGCACCUUUGGGGGAAAAGGUUGUGCCCACAGUCCCAGGUUUCUAUAAAGGGUCGGCAAAGAGGCACAGUUCUUUAAUAUGCCUCAACAUGUUUCUCUAGCACUUCUAGAAGACCUUCCAUAUGAAGAAAACUAUGCUGAAAAAGCCAAAGAAAAACAAUGGUUGAAUGGCAGGCUUGGAAGAGCACUCAGAGGCAUGCUCACUGGCAACUGCAAAGUUGCAAAAGAUCUGAUGGCAGGUGUAGCCAGCAGCCGGACAUGGAGCAAGGCACCAUUCCUUACUCCAAGCAGCUCCAAACUGAUGCAUGCCCAACCUUUAAACAGCAGCAAACUGCCCUCUCAGUACCCUUCAUAGUCCCUAAUUGGUCUUUUGCCCACAAAAUCCCUCACAAAUGUUCGCCAACUUCUCUGCAGUUUAGCUUUUGCUGCUUGUUCUAUUAGUGGUCCAUAUGUUGAACAGCUGUUUCUCUUUCUCCUUUCAGGGAUCUGUCCGGCUGAACUCAACGUUUCUCAGCAGUAAAUUGGUGUGAUGGGAGCCUAAUCCAUUUUGUUAAUACAGUGCUAACUCGGG